AUGUCUGAAGUUCAAAAUGAAAUUGUGGAUGCUAGCAAAACGAGAGGUACCAGAGUGAGUGGUAAAACUUGGAAAGAGGAAAGAACUCCUUUUCGAGUAACGAGUAGUGUCAUCAAGAAUAAAAAGUUCACUUCUUGGGAAGCUAAACAACAAAAAAAAUUAGAAGACAAACAGUUCAAGGACAGAUUAAAGGCGUUGAAAGAUGAGAAGGAAGAAGCACGUAAAACAAAGAUACAGGCUUUGAAGGAGCGUAGAGAAAAGAAGGAAGAGAAGGAAAGAUACGAAAGAUUAGCUGCCAAGAUGCAUGCAAAGAAGGUAGACAGAUUAAGAAGAAGAGAAAAGAGAAACAAAGCUUUGAAAGAACGUUAA